CCAAACAGAACUCUUUUUUUCUUCUUCUCUAUGUUUUCAACCAAACACGCCCCUUCACAUAUUUUCCGGCAAUUUCAAGUCAAUGGAAAUUGAUUCUGCGGAGAAUUCUAACUGGCUUUUUGACUAUGGCUUGAUGGAAGACAUAGCCGCCGUCUCCGGCGGAGGCUUUCAGGAGCCGCCACCGCCUCUCACCGGUUUCGGCUGGCCCUCUCAAUCUCUCGACGCUUCCUCCAACGUAAGUUCUGUUUUCAGUGCUGAAAUUGACUGCUCGUUUGGGGAUUCUGAAGGCCUUAAGGAAGCUGGCUCACGAAAACGGUUGAAGUCUGAAUCAUGUACUGGAUCUGGCUCCAAAGCAUGUCGUGAGAAAUUGAGAAGGGAUAGGCUGAACGAGAAGUUCCUGGAGUUGGGUUCUGUCCUGGACCCUGGAAGGCCACCCAAAGCAGACAAGGUUGCUGUUCUUAGUGAUGCUGUUCGAAUGGUGGCUCAGCUACGAACUGAAGCCCAGAACCUGAAGGACUCAAAUGAGGAUUUGCAAAUGAAGAUUAAAGAAUUGAAGGCUGAGAAGAAUGAGCUACGUGAUGAGAAGCAGAGGCUAAAGGAAGAUAAAGAGAAGCUGGAGCAACAAGUCAAAGCCAUGAGCGCACAACCAGGCUUUCUGCCACAUCUCUCUGCAAUGCCGGCUGCAUUAGCUGCUCAAAGGCAAGCUGCUGGCAACAAGCUGAUGCCCUUCAUUGGUUACCCCGGGGUUGCAAUGUGGCAAUUCAUGCCACCUGCUGUGGUUGACACAUCGCAGGAUCACGUGCUGCGCCCUCCAGUUGCUUAAGUUGGAGGAUGGUUUGUUCUCAUUCUUUGUGCCAAAGAAUUGAAUCUGUUUUUCGUCUUUUGUUCCUUUUGUUGUUGUUGUCAACUACAUUGAUGCUGAAUAAUGUUAUGACUGUAUCAGAAUUUACUGGGAUAGGUUUCUGCCUGGAAGCCUUACUAUUCAUCUUAAACAUUGGGAAAAGAA